AUGUCCUUCGACAUUUUGUUCACAGAAGGGCUACCGAGCGAUUGUGCUUGUCCAGUCUGUGAUCAGGCUCUUCGCGCUCCUGUAAUCACAGCUUGUGGCCAUAAUUUCUGCAAAUGUUGCAUUAGCACUGAAAAUGGACCUGUACCUUGCCCAGUCUGCCAGAGUGAAAUCGCUAUCGGCUCACUCAAGGCUGAUAAAAGCAAGCACCGUCAGGUGCGAGCACUUAUUGUCCAAUGCCCAUAUUUUCAUUAUGGGUGCGAAUGGACAGGACCGCUCAAGGAAUUGAAGGCGAAAGCAUGCAGAAUGCUGCGACUUCCACGGAGUCCCAUGUACCAAUGGCUGCGGCAAGAUAGUGUCGGAAUGCCAAAUGGCACAACACUUGGCAAAAUGUCAAGCACGAGGAAGAUGCCAGUAUUGCAAUGCGACAGUGAAAAACUCCAGCAUGGAAAAGCACUUGAAGGUGGGUAUCUCAAGGCGGAAGACAAAGCGAAGCGUAAUUUACUUGAGAAUGGUAUUCUGACCUGACU